AAAGGCACCUGAAUGCCUGGGGAAGGAGCAGCAAAGCCUGCUGGAAAACCCGUUUCUCUCUCCUAUGCUUCUUGCCACAAAUACUCCCAAAGCGAGCGUGCCCUCCUGCCUGCCUCUCCCCCCAGCCCUGCGGCCCUGCUUCUGCAGCCGCCCUGGCAGAGGCCUGAGGGCAGGUGAUGGGCACCCUCCCCGCAUGGGACCCGGCCCCCUGGAACGUGACCUUCGGGGGCCCUGGCAGCGGGAGCGGGCCGCUCUCCGGCCCCUGGUACCGUGCUGGCAAGACUCAGCUCUUGGGAGUUUUACUGGCCGCUGCUGGAAAUUUUCUGAUUAGUGUGUCUUUGAGUAUACAGAAAUGCGCUCAUCUGCGACUGGCUUGCCAAGCAGAUCCAAAGCCCUACUACACGAGCAAGUUAUGGUGGUGUGGGAUUAUCCUCCUGGCGCUUGGAGAGAUGGGGAAUUUCACAGCCUACGGAUUUGCCCCUGCUGCCCUUGUUGCUCCGCUAGGAUGUGUAUCUGUCAUAGGUAGUGCAUUUAUUUCUGUCUUAUUCCUAAAGGAGACGAUGAGGGCUGCUGAUAUAUUGGGAGGAACACUGGCAGUAGCAGGAACAUACUUUUUGGUGACUUUCACUCCAAACGUACCCCAAGAGCUCACAGCAAAAAAAGUACAGAAUUACUUAGUGAGCUGGCCUUUUGUGAUAUAUGCGAUCUUAGAAAUAAUCGCAUUCUCCAUUCUCCUCUAUUUUUACAAAAGAAAGGCUGUGAAGCACAUCGUGGUUUUGUUAAUGAUGGUAGCACUGCUGGCAUCGCUGACUGUCAUUGCUGUAAAAGCCGUGGCUGGCAUGAUAACACUUUCUGUGAAGGGUAAAAUGCAGCUUACUUAUCCUGUUUUCUAUAUCAUGUGCAUUUUAAUGGCAGCUUCUUGUGCUUUCCAAGUCAAGUUCUUGAAUCAAGCAAUGGAGCUGUAUGAAGUGACAGCAGUUGUGCCUGUUAACUUUGUGUUCUCCACAACCAGUGCCAUCCUUUCAGGGGUCAUAUUUUAUCAGGAAUUCCAAAGUGCAGCUUUGCUGAGUGUGUUCAUGUUUCUGUUCGGGUGUCUCCUUUCUUUCCUUGGUGUAUUUGUAAUUACAAGAAACAGAAAAGAGGAACAUUUACAGAUUCCUUAUAUUGACUGUGGACAUAUUCCUGGACAAAAAAUGACAGGCAAAAUACAGCCAGAUUCUCACUGGGCGUGCUAUGGCACUUUGAAUAAUGAAGAUGACUUGGGGAAAACUCAAAGCUGAAAGAAGAAAGUGCCUUACAUUCCAGUUAACAAGAGGAACGCCACGGGAACAAGCAUCAGUAGCACCUUUUUGUUGGACAUAUUCAAGUAUCUAUUGUAUUCCUGUACGUCGAUGAGUCAUAGCAUUAUUUACUCCUACCUAAUUUAUCCCCUGACUAUCCUAAACCCAUUAUAAAGACAAAGGAAGCUUUAAGAAGGACUAAAGCUUUGAUGAAACUGAACAUUCUCCUGAUAGAAAUGUCUCUUAGUGAUGAUUUGGAGCUAUUUUUAGUUUUAAUUGCCUAGAAAUGCAAAUAGGCACAUAACAGGAUUUUUAAAUUUUGCUUUGGAAAACCCUCAGAUAUGCUUAGAUGCUUAAAGACAACAAUGGGAAAUUAGGAGAAUUUUCAUAAGUGGCUUAAAGUAUUCCUUUGUAUGUCGAAUACCUUCAAAAAUCCUAUCCUUUCUGUUUCACAGUCAAAAACUGUGUGCAUGUAUGCAGUAUACAUAAACAUGUAUACACAAUGUAUUUUAAUUUAUGUGUAGAGGAAAAAUCGUAUCUUGCUUCAUCAGGCUAAUUUCCUUAUCUUUCAAGGAAGUAAACACCUGUGUGAGAAGGGGGAAGGAAGAGCGCAUUUACCAUUAAUGUAGGUUCACGUGCACCUGCACACGCCAGUGAGGUGGCUUAGCCAAGGCAGAGCUAGGGAACGGUGCUUGACAGUUUAUAGCUUCCCGGAAGGGUCUUGUGCAUUGGGCUGGACUGAGGAGAAACUAUGUUAGUACAGUCUAGCCUGAGGCUUAGCGUUUGUUUUCAGGGAAACAAGUUUUUCGUGAAGAGAGUGCAAAGUUCUCCAGAUGAAAUGGGGGAGCCAAGCUCCUUCCCUUGGUGCUUUUUGCAAAGAUAUGUCUAGGAAAGAAAAGCAGAGGAUGCAGGGCCAGGCCCACCUCCUUCCUAAGUCAGUGCUACUCCUGCACGAGGGAAGGUUGGAAAAAACAGGACCACAAAGUCAUGGUAAAACUGUACAAAUUUUCCUUCAUAAAUGGUAGCUUCUCUGCCGUGGUUCAAAGUGCCAGCACUGAUGGGUACCACAGCAAUAGCUGAAUUUCGGUCUGGGAGGCAGCAAGGCCUCCGCGUGCCUCAGCCCCAGCCUCCGGCAAGAAAUGGGGCAUUAACACUGGGUCUGCCCGUCCCUGCCGGAGCGUGCUGAAUGCCCCGGCCUGCCCGCUGGCUCACACGGUUGGCUGCAGGAACAAGGAAAAGGGCUCAGGAAAAGGGCUCAGUACUAGCCUUUAAGUCUCAGACAAAAUACUUCUUCUGGGUUGGAAUUAAUGUGCAGUAAUGUAUACAGGCCAUGUGCGUUGUGUGUUUCAUUUCAGCAGGGCGUGAUGAAAUGACACCUCCUUGUUUUUCAAGCAGUUAUUUCGCUUUAAUAUAAAUAAGUGCAGCAAAAGAGCAGUAAGACGGUUUGGUUUCAAAUACUAAGAAGUAGCCACAGAACAGCAGUUCUUCCUAGGCAGGCCUCGGGGCCUGGGUGGGGGAUGCGGGUUGUGAACUUGGUUUUUGACUUGGAUCUUUUCCAGUUGGCACAGGACAAGAUUCAGUGUCUGCACCUUACCAGCUGCCCGGUCAUGGCCUUCCUCUCCCCUCUUGCAGUUUAAGGGAAGCAGAAGUUCAAAUUUCUAAAGCUUAAAAUGGAAAAAGCAGAGUUUUUUGGGAUGCUUUCUCCAGGGAAUAAAGGCAUGCCUCCAUCUUUCUUUUGCAGCUCAAAUUUAAGCCACUUUCUAAUUCUCAAGUGAAAGUGUGUGCUACAGAUGGAAAUGGGAGGCUUAUAGUUUUUCUUUCUAUGACCUAGGAAACAAAAGGAUGAAAGGAUUUGUUCUUGUUUCUUUUUUAAAUUAUUGGUCUUAGGCACCUUUCUGAAAUUUGUUUCCAUGAUUUGGAAGGGCUGGAGGAGAAAAUAAGGGUUACAGGCUUUUCUCUUGUAAGCAGGAAAUUAAAUGCAAAAAUCUAUGGCAAAAUCUAUUAUUUAUUUUAAACUACUGUAAUUCUUCUUGAAUGCCACUUUUUUCUCCCAGUGGGUUUAUACAAAGAUUAUAUGGGUUAAAAUGUUUUCUGUAAACCUGAAUGUAACUUAAAUAAUUUAUGGAGCAAAACUCCAGUAGGAAUUAUGUGCAAUUAAAAAUUGUCACUUGGCAUGAUUUUGAGAUGUGGACACGUUCCAACUAAUUAAUGUAUUACAGGGUCAGAAAACUC